GAGCUAAAGGCGGGUGCGGGUUACAGCUGACUUCGUUAUCCGCAGCGUCUGCGCCUGAUAUGUCUCUCCGCUGUUUGAAGGAUUCUAGUUUUGUGUUCGAUGAUGCUUCAUAUAACGAUCUGGAACUAGUUCACUUUCGUCUUACUGAUUCCGCCUUGAAAGAUAUUGAGCAACUUGCUAGCAGUUCAGUAAGUUUUUAUCUAAGUAUUGUGUUGAUUAACUAAUAAAGGGAAACCACAACUUUAGCAUUACGUUCAGUGGGUCCGAAGGAGUAAUGUUCUAUUAUAUAAUUAUUUCACCUCUGUAGUCAUUUAUUGUUCCUGUCGGGAAAAGCAGCAGCAGAUUUACAUUCAGUACCUCAAGCUUAACAAGUACUCACGAUGAAUCUUUCAAUUGCUUGCGCACCAAAGGAGUUUCAACUCAUUGUCUGGGAAGGAUGGUCUCCAGGAUCACGGUCAAUGCUAAGGAGGAUAGCUUCUCAGCGGCUAAGGAGCGAAUGACACAAUUAGAAGACGAAAACAAAAAGUCUCAGACAAAAGAGAUUAAAUCUGCUAAAUCCAUGGCUUCGAGAACAGCAGCAUCUCAAUCCACUCACAAACAAGGCAAUCAGGGUGUAAAUUUGAAGGGAAGGGGAAAUGAAAUUUCACCUCAGAACAUAGAUUUCCCUAACGUAGCCAAUCGAGUUCAGUCACAGAAUCCUGUUGGUUGUGGUCCCAGUCCUCCAUUAUCUAAUCCAGAAGUUUUGGCGCGCUCACUGAGAGAACGCAUUAUUCACAUACUGGCAUUACGGCCUUACCAGCGCCCCGAAUUAUUAUUACGGUUGUCUCGUGAUGGCCUAUCUCAUACUCAGAAAGACCAAAUAUCCGACAUAUUGUCGUCAGUGGGUCGUGUUGGAAGACAGUCGGCAUAUUACCUUAUACCGUCUGUGGUAUCAGAAUUAGAUGAAAACUGGCCAGGUUAUACUGGUGCUGAGAGAAAACGGAUUAUUUCUUUGAAGGCUAGUCAGCAGUCUCAAACUCCUCCCAAAUCUCCCACUGACCGAUCUCGGACCGCUUCUCCUGACAAUUCGUCCACCCCCUCUGACGACCAGUUUACUCGACGUCCAACACGAGCAAAUGCUCCUUCGGCACCUCAUGCAUUGAGUAAGAAGAUUGCUGCACUAGAUAUGUUGUGUGCAGGUGUGAGUGAUGUGGAAGUUGCCGCCCGUCUAGGAGUAUUCCGUGGACUGUUGGAUCAGUGGCGAGCCAAUGAAUCAGAACUUCGAGAGAAAUUUCGUCGACUCAAUGCAAGCACAAAUUCAGCACCCUCAACUCAGAUCUCCAGUUUUAAUCAACAUUCCCAAGUGUAUGAUAAGUCUGUCGGUGUUCGUCACCAAAAUCCUACUAUGUCUACUGCAAAUGAUGUUGUUGGCAGUCAACGUUCUACUUCAACAAAUCCUGGAAAUACAAUUUCUCCCCAUAAACGUGCUAAAUUAGAUGUGCCUAAUACACCCUCUAGUUCUGCUGACCAACAAAUAGACUUAACAUAUUCUACCUCUGAUAAAACUGUUUCCAGAUCAUCCAUUAUGCAUUCAUUUCCAAAUCAAAACAAUGAUGAUCAUAACAAUCAAACUAGCACUAUUUCUCCUCCACUUCACGAUAAUCUUCACACACUUGAUACGUAUAGUCGUUCAAAUCAACCUUGUACAUAUAAUAUAGCCGGUGGGAGUGAGGGGGAAAGUGCCGAACACACUCCAUUCUCCAAUUCAAGUACUGGUAGCAGUGGUUAUGGUGGUUCAAACAAUGGUUUGACUGCCUCUAGUGGAGUAGUAAACAGUAGUAUUAAUAUUGACACUCGCCGUGAAGGAUUAAUAGGAUCUACAUCUCGAUGUCAUUUGACAAUGUCUGUUCAUUCUGAAUGCUUGUCUAGUCGCUUAAAAGCUGAAGAUCAAUUGUCUAAUGGUAAUACAACAAAUACACCAGCAUAUGGUAUAACUGAACAAACUUUGUCUCAAAGUAUUGUCGGAACAGAUGGUUUUCAUGUAGGCGAUUUGAGCAGUAAAUUGGCUGAAAUCGACCGGCUUUAUCCAGAAAUCUCAACAUCAGAACAAGCUUCAAUGUAUUUAGCUGAAUUUGAAUGUACCUAUCCAACUUAUCUUCGAAUGUACCAUUCAUUCUCAGAUAUUUGGAAAACUGUCAGUAAUCUACGAAGUCAAUUAUUAGAAGCCACUAGAACUGAAGGUUUCGAUAGUGCUACUACAACCCAUUUAGCAAAUCAAUUAGAUAAAUUUAUUCGUCGUUCUCGUUCACAAAAAUAUCGUGAUGAUGAAAUUCAAUUAACAUUAAUGGUACAUAAAUUACGAUUGUUAAAACAAAGACUUGCUGUAUCACAGCACAACAAUAAUGGUGGUCGUCAUCGUGAUCGCAUUCUACCUGUUACUACUAGUGAUGAUGUAACAGGUGAUAGAAUUGAUCGUCUUUCUAGGAGUAAUAAUAAUAACAAUAUAAAAUCUAUUUCAAUCAAAUCAUCAUCUAGUAAAAUAUCUUCAAUGUCUAACAACAAUAUUGCUCAAUCAUCUAAUAAUAAUGAAAAUAAAAAUAAUAGUCGUCUUAUUAAUAAUUGUUAUCGUCAAUUACUAACUGAUUCAAAUGAUUAUUCAAAUCUACUCCCAUGUAAUCAAGUUUAAAAGACUACAACUAAAUAAGAAUGAAUAAUACAGCUACAUAUUUUUUCUUCCUUAUCAUUUUAUAUCUUAUUAACACUAGUAAAACUUAAUUCUCUCAAAGAUUAUGCGGUGUAUUUGACUAUCCCUUCUCCCCCCCUCUCUCUCGUUGUCUUUCGGUUAAAAUUGUCUUGCCAAUCUCCUUAUAUCAGUAGUUGUUUCAUGCCGGCUAUUUCAUACUUCUUAUUACUUUUUUUUAAAAAAAAAUGUUAUCAUGAUUAUAUUCAUGAUGAAUAUGGUAUUAACCUAAGAGAGUAGUUAGUUGAAUGAUCAUAAUUCCCCUGUAUACAUAAAUGGAGCAUACACAGCAUUGUUCAUUUUGACUGAUUUAUGUAAGAUUUGUUUGUCUCUUCUUUUUUUUUCGUAUGUGUGUGUCUAUGUUUUGUUUGAUUUUUGUCUUUCCUUUUUCUCAAUUUAUUUUUUUAAAAUUUACAAUAAUCUGUGUUAUUACUGGUGUCCGGAUAUAUAUGGGGUAUCCUGUCGAACUUAUAUUAACUACUAGUUUUCCAAUAUCUCUCUCUCUCCUUUUUUUAAAAAAAAUUACCCUGUGUCUAUUAUCCCUUGUGUUUAUUUACUGAUGUAUCUUAUACACAGUUUUCUUUUACAGUGAAUUAAUUAAACAGAAUACUGGAAAAGAUAAGUCACAUUACAUUUACACACAAAAAAAUCAAGAAAGCAUUCCUUCAAUUAAUCUUUGGUACCAAUUUCUCUCUCUCUCUCUCUCUCUAUAUAUAUAUAUAUAUAUGGUGGUGUUGGUGUUGUGACCCAAUUACUGUGACCUUAUCGUUAGUCGAUAUUAUUGUUCCAAUUAACAAAACUAUUUGUGAAUAAUCUAACAUAGUAUUAUUAUUAUUGUUACUAUGAUCACUAAAUAAGCAUUUCCUAUUCUAAUCUACUCGGAAACAAAAUUGGUUUUGAAUAAGUCUAUAAACUCUAUUAAUUGACAUAUAUAUUUAUAUUUUUAAAAAAAAAUGUAGUGAGGCAUUUAUUACCUUACAUUUCAUAAAUAAAUUAAUUAAAAAUUUCUUUUGUUCAUGGUCUUACUAAUAAAAUGUAUUAAGAUGCUUAAUUCUCUAUAUAUACACAUGAAUUAUAUGUUGUAUAAGAUGCCAAGAUGUAUCUGUAUUAUUUCUCUUCUUUUUUUCUCUUUUCUUUUGUUGUUACGGUUGUUGUUCUGAUUAUUAUUGAAAGAUUCGUGAAUUACUUAGUCAGUUUUUUUUCUCCUCCCAGUUCACCUCUAUAAUAUGUUCGUUGAAAUUAUCGACAUUCAUUAUGUUAUACAGAUAGAUUUAUCCGCUCUGUGACAGUGUGUACACAUGUUUAUUAUCAUGUAUGUUAUUUUAGAUCUCUAUUUUUCUCUAUUCUAGACUUUAAAUUCCCGUGAUUAUUACAACUGUUUUGCAUUCCAUUAUUAAGGAAUUACAUAUGGAUAGUUGAUUGUAAUUAUGCUUCCCCCUGCUCGCUUCCACCGAGUCUUCCUUCCUUCAUUAGUGUUCAUGUGUUUGUGUAUGUACAAGAGAGAGAGAAGAGAUUUAGUCUUUUUAACAUGUUCUUGUAGUUAUGGUUUAUUGAUCUUCAAUAUUAUUAUUAUUAUUAUCGCUUUUAAUUCAUUUAUCCGGUGACUUGAAGUUUGCUAUCUCUUCACAUUUUUGCGAAUACAAAUUCUCAUAAUGAUGUAUGUAUUUACCAAUAACAUUAUUGUUCAUAAUGUCGAAUGGAGAUUAUAUCACUUUUUACCCUAUUGAUAGUUGGCUUAUGCUGUCUCUCCCUCCCCCCUCUCUCUGGUAUUCUUUAAUUUCAGUAAGCAUUUCAUCUAAACAGAGUUAAAAGUCUAUUUGUUCACUUAUGAUAAUUGUUGUAUUAUGUCUGUUAAUUCUUUUGCUGUCACUUUUCCUAACAAACGUAUUGUCUUCUUUAUUUCUCAUCUGUUUGUAUUAUUUCAACGCUACCGCUACUUCCGUUCACAUGUGUGUGUGUGUGUAUUUCCUAUGAAAGUUAAUAACUAUUGUAAUUUGUUGUGAUGUAAUUAAUCGGUCUUUCAUAGCGCAUUAUACUUAUUAUGUUAAUAAUGCAACAGUUAAAAUCUACUUACUCGUAUGUCUAAUUAUUUUCUGUUUCUCUUCUUUUUUCGUCGAUUUUUUGUUGUUGUGAGCAUAUCGUUUCUAUGUCUCUUUCUCUCGCUCUUUGAACUUUGUCCAUUCGCACACGUACGCACACACACACACAUACGUACAUUUGUCCUAUUUUCUAUGUAAAUAUUAUGAUUAUUUAUUUUGGUGUUAUGAAUAAAAUGGUGGUUCUACCUAUAUAUGAAUGUCAAUUUCAUAUUGACUGAAUUGAUUUGUUUGUUUCUUUUUCUCUCUCUUUUUAACAAUAAAACAAUAUAUUUUUUUGAUGUUUAUUCAAUAAGGUAUAAAUAAAUGUAAACAAAUUA